AUGCUAGAAGUAUACGCUGAGGAGAUUUUAAACGAAAUCAAUGAAGCCCCAUUUUUAGCAGUGAUAGCUGAUGAGACAACGGAUGUUUCUAUGAAAUUUCAAAUGGUCAUUGUUUUUCGUUAUGUAAAAAACGGUGCUCCAGUUGAAAGGUUUUGGACUUUUUUGCUUCCAGAAAAACAUGAUGCUGAAACCUUAGCUAACACAAUUUUGAAUGUUUUAGACCCAAUAUUAAAGAAUAACAAAAAUAAGCUCAUUGCACAAAGUUAUGACGGAGCAGCUGUUAUGAGUGGGAUACAUGGCGGAGUGCAAACAAUAAUUAAGAGAAAAUAUGAAACUGCUCAUUUUGUGCACUGUUACGCCCAUCAAUUGAAUCUAAAAGGUGCAGUGCCUUUACUAAAAUUUAUAAUUUCUAAUAAUUUAGAGGACACAUUAACAGAAACCAAAAAGUUGAUACAAAUUCUGGUGACUACGCCAAUGACCACAGCAGAAGCUGAACGUAGUUUUUCAACUUUAAAACGGAUCAAAACAUUUUUAAGAAAUUCAAUGUGCGAAGACAGAUUAACAGCCCUUUCCACACUCUCGAUAGAAAAAAAGUUCAUCGCUUCAAUACCGAACUUUAACGAUAAAUUCACUGGAUUAGCGAUUUGUGCGUUGGCAGCAUGGAAGUUUAUGAUUACGUUCCAUUUCUUACGAGUCCUGGAUAGUCACAUGUACUCAACUGCAUUCUAUUUAUUUCUUGCUACGGGUUGUCUAGUCAUUUUAGUAUUCCUUUUGGGAUGCUGUGCGAUACCAAAACGUUGGACCAAAUUAUUAUUUUUAUAUAUUAUUCUCCUAUUAGUACUAUUUUUAUUCGAAAUUUUAAUUGGUGUGCUAGCCUUCAUCUUCCAGGAUAAUAUCGAAGAAGAUUUAAACCUUAAUUUUAACAAAACGAUAAUAAGUACUUACCAAUUCGACGAUAGUAAAACGAUAUCCAUUGAUUAUAUUCAGGAAAAGCUGCACUGUUGUGGAGCUGUCAAUUAUAUAGAUUGGCGGCAAAAUGAAUGGAUCAAAAAAGAAUCUGUUUUAAACAGAGUUCCUGAUUCCUGCUGUAAAACUGUAUCUGAACAUUGUGGAUACAGAGAUCAUCCUUCAAAUAUUCAUGAAGAGGGAUGUAUCAGCUAUGUUGCAGAAAAAAUUAAAACCAAUUUCUGGAUAAUAUUUAUAGCCGCACUUGGAAUUAGUGCCUUUCACGCUAUCGGCAUUAUUCUGGGAAUAAUUUUGUUCAUAAAAGUGGAAUCUGGAAAACACGAUAGGGAUUACAGUACCAAAAAUGGAGGUACCGAGGCGCUACUUCAAGACGAUCGACAACUUCAUUUCUGAAAUUUAUAGUUUAGUCACAUAUUACAUUGAUUUUGUAACUCUUGUUAUAGCCUCUAGCACGACAGCUUUAAAAAUAUUAUAUAUUUUAAUAAAUUCACGAGUGCUAAAAACCUGAAUAAAGCUAAAAGGACGUGUAAUAGACAUAGCAGUAAACGUUUGGAAUACCGUAGUUCAUCAUUAACUUUUUAAAUUUUUAAUUUUUUUUAUGAUUUGUAUAUUAAAAAUUUGUAAAUUUAAAAAACCGUACUGAGUUUAAGAAUCAUCAAGAUGUUGUAUAUGUUUUUGUAAAUAAUAAUAGUUUAAUGAGUUUAUUUAUUAUAGAGAAAACAAUGAUAGUACUUUUGUCUAUCUAUAUUGUAUCUAAAUUGUUUCUUUUCACAUUGUCUAUCUAAAUUGUUUCUUUUCACAUAUUUUUAGAAGUAACUGUUUUUUAGGUCUAACCAAUUGACAUCCAUGACAAUAAUUCAACAUAUUUUUGGAGUAAAUAAAACCUUCAUCUUCUUCGAGUGCCUUCUCCCAUCGAAGAUCGGCAAUAAUUAUGAUAAAGUUUUCUGUAUCUUGGGCCUUAAUCAGCAAAUCGUUUGAACCUAAUGCUUGUUUAAUCUCAUAUGUUCUCAACCUAGAAAUAUAGUCUACGUCUUGGUCCACGUCUACUAGUUAAAGAAAGUAACAUCUAUCCUGUCUCAUUACAUGGCCCAGAAAUGCAUAUUUUCGCUUUUCAAUGAUUUCAAUUAGCUCACAUUCACAACCUUCCAAGUUUGCUAUCACAACAAGUCCAAUUUAUUCGCAAUAUUAUUCAAUAUUCCCACAUUUCAAAUGCCUUAAGUCUAUUCAGGCAGCUAACUUUUAGCGUCCACACUUCAACUCCGUACAAAACUGUGGAAUAUAUCUAGCACUUUACCAAAACUGUUUCUUAUUUCUAUACCGAACGAUCUUCACUUAAAAAGCUACGCAUUUUUAAAAAGUUUGAUCUGGCUAUUUCGAAUCAAAUGAAUCGACACAAAAUGGAACAUACUUGUUUUAGCUCUUAUGCUCUACGUUUAUAGAAGACGUCGAUAAAAUAGUUUUCUUUUCUUGAUCUACUAUCUACUGUUUUAUUUGAAGAUGUAAAAAGGACAUUAAUUAAGGAAAUUCACUGGCUCUAGUGGAUCAUGAUGGAGAAAAAAUCUCAAAGAUUAAGGACUAAUAAAUGGUAUUGAUGAUGUUAUAAUAUUAGUAACGAGGUACCUGUUAACAAUUUUUGGAAUAAUAUCUUCUACCAAGUGAACGUAUUUCUUUAAUAAUAAUUGUUUAAUAUGUAGCAUCACUAAAAUCCUCAAAAAAUAUUGAGUAAGCAGGCAUAGUUAAGUCAAAAACCAAAAGCUAAAUACUAAUUUUAUAGAUUGGUACGUAGAUAUAGAGAGCAAAGACAAAACAGUACAACACAACCACGUCUAUAUGUUUCAUAGAUUAUGAAAAAGCAUUGCAAUUACAAUUACUUUGGUAAAUUAUGAUUAACAUGUGUAUCAUGAAAAGUCUAGUCAAGCUGAUUUUUUGUAUGAGUAAAACAAAAAGGACGAACGAAUUAAUAUAAAUGAUGAUAUGUCAAAAGAAGAAAGAAUUAUCUCAAAACAAAAUUGGAAGUUUCUGCUUUUUCUGCUUUAAAAAAAAGCAGAAACACAUAUAUCGCAGAAUGUAAUUGAUUCGAAGAAAGGUGGGCAAAAAUUAAAUCUAAUAUCUUAACCUCGGUCAAGGAAAUUCUUGGUGAAAGAAAUAUUAAUAAAAAUAAAUCAGAACUUUAAAAUAAAAUAAGAACUUCAUGGUUUUGUACAGAAAUGAAGGUAAAAUAUAAAGAAAAGAAAAAAGCUUACCUGAAAUACAUGUCAACCAAAACACAAGAGGCAUACCAUAAUUACAAGACAAUUAGAAACGAAACACAUGCAUUUGUAUGAAAAAUAAAUAAUGAUCACUGGGAACGCUUUUUGACAGAAAUGGAACACAUGAUUUUUAAACAGAAAAAUGGCGCAAAAGAAAAUAUGGCGCUUCAUAAGAGGUCAAAGAGCGGAGGUAAAGGAACUAUUAGAAAUAAAACAAAUAGAAAAGGAUACAUGGAUUGACUACUUAAUAAAGCUCUAUGCAAAGGAAGAACAAAUGACGAUAGAACCGGAAACACAAGAAAUUACCACAAAUGAAGAACUCAAUAUAAAUGUACAAGAAGUUCGGAAAAUACUUAAAAAACUGAAGAACAGAAAAGCAACAGGUAAAGACGAGAUACCAAACGAAUUACUGAAAUAUUGUCGAGCAGCAAAGACAGAAAAAUUAACAAAAUGAAUUAAUAAAAUUAUAAAAAUACAAUAAAAUACCGGAAUAAUGGAGAACAAGCGAACUAAUUCUUCUAUUCAAAAACGGAGAUAAAAAAGAGCCAGAAAACUGUAGAGGUAUAAACUGCUAAAACUUACAACUAAAUUUUGUUAAGUGCUAAUAAAUCAGAGGAUAAGUUUAGAAGAUGAACAACAGGCUUUUCGUAGUGGAAGAUCGUGUACAGAUGCAAUAUUCGGUAUAAAGCAAAUUACUGAGAAAUCGCUAGAGUAUAAUAGACCAGCAUUUCUGUGUCUGAUUGACCUAAAGAAAGCGUUUGGCAGAGUAAGAUUCAAAGAUGUAAUCCAUCUUCUGAAUCAUCAUCAGAAUAGAUGGACAACUUACAGAACCAAUAGAAAUAGGCAGCGGAAUAAGACAAGGGGAUUCAUUGAGCCAAAUGCUAUUCAAUUUGUUCAUUGAUGAAAUCAUCAAAAGCGUUAACAAAGGAAGAGUGGGAAGCAAUAAAAUAAAAAUACUCUGUUACGCGGAUGACGCAAUAUUGAUAGCCCAAAAUGAAAAUAAUCUGCGAAGACUGGUCCACAGAUUUAAUAUAAGAGUAAAAGAAUCUCAUCUCAGAAACCUAAAAUAAUUGUAGUCAGCAAAGAACCAACAAGAUGUAAAAUAUAACUGGAUGGCAUCAGUAUUGAACAAGUAAUGGAAAUAAAAUAGCUGGGAAUUACACUGUCCAGCUAUGAAGACCUGGACAAAGAAGUGAGGGAUCAAAUACAAAAAGCAAAUAGACUGACAGGAUGCCUUAAUAGCACUAUAUGGCGAAACAGACACAUUAACACUGAAAUGAAGUCAAGAAUUUUUAAAGCCAAUGUAAGACAACAACGCAAAGGCUACUGGAAACUGCAAAGAUGAGAGUACUGGAAAGAAAUACGGGAAAUAUGCUGAGAGAUCGAAAGAGAAGUGAAGACAUUAGUCUUCACUUCAAAGAAAAUGUAACGUACAGUGUAUAAAUGAAUGGACACAUAAUAAAAAAAAUAAUGGAAUAACCACAUAAGCAGAAUGGAGGAGACCCGUGUCGUCAAAAUAGCAAGAGAUAAGUCAUCAAUAGCCAGAAAAAGUAUCAGCCGGCUGCGCAAAAGAUGGAGUGACAACGUUCCAUAGAGGUAUAAAUCCGCCAAUGAACAAGGAGAAUUGCUGAUAAAAAGGAAGAAAAAGAAAAUUGGAAGUAGGACUACGGCAUGGAGAUAAAUAGGAAAAAAUGUCAAAUAAGAUACCAGAAACUAAUCAUAGACGGCGAAAUAUAAACAUCGAAUACCAGCCAACAACAAAUAAUAAAAGAAAAAAAGUAAAACCAAAAAACUAGCAGCACAAUUAAAACAUGUUAAAAUAACCAAAGUGACCUAAAAAAAACAAAGGUACACAAGAUGGACAGAUUAUUACUGGAAACAAGACAAAUAUUAGUAGGUAUUAGUAGGGAAACAUAAUAUUAGUAGGGAUAUUGAAUAUAAGAGGAAAAUACGAGGAAGAAAAACUAAAGCACCUAGUUGACGAAUGCAAAACAUAUAAAUUCGAAAUAGUAGCACUACAGUUUGCUGUAGUGAAACAACUAGGACAAAACUCAGUGAAAAUGAAUGCAGACUUACAAACUUUGUGGUACAUAAAAAGCUAAAGGAUCUAAUCGUUGACUUCAAACCGAUAUCAGAGAGAAUACGCGUACUAAUAAUAAGGGGAAAAUACCAAAAAUAGCAUUUAUAAACAUAAGCACACCGAAAGAAAAACACAAAGAAAUAAAGGCUUCAAUUAUCAAAUAGACACAGUAUUUGAAAACAUUCCCAAAUACGACGUAAAUAGAGUACAAAGUGCUGUUAAUGCACAAACAGGAAAAUAAGAAAUAUACGUACCCACUAUAGAAACUAUAGUUUGAAUGAAGUAACGAGCAAAAAUGGUGACUUCUUAAAAGAUUUUGCAAAAAAAAAGAUCAUUGUAAACCAAACCAAAGUGAUGUAAACCAAAUAGUUCAUGCGCUCGUAAAAAAAAAACAUUGAAAAUGUAUAAAGAACAUACAGAGGACCAGAUGCAAACACAGAUCAUUGUAUAGUGGGAAUACAAAUAAAGCAGCUUAUACCAGUUAUUAGAAACCAGCAGGAAAAAAGUGUAUAGCAACCAAACUGGUUUUUUUAACAAAAAAUUAACGCCUUAGUGCACACUCACCUACCAAACCAAUAACAGGUGCACGCGAAAUAAGAAGUGUAAUAAUAAAAGUGUGUGAUAUUUAGGUAAAUUAAGUAAUCGACUUCGAGAUCUUCAUCAUCGCCAGUCGUUUCUGUUCAUCGUCAACUGUUCGGCUGCGCCGAUCCUCGCGUCCUUGUCCAUACCAUCUUUUCAUCUCAGUCUUGUCUGCCUCUACUCCUAUUUCCUACUGAUCUGGGCGGGUAAUUUUCAUUUGAUCUUGACACAUGUCCACCCCAUCUAAGCCCAUCUAUUUUUAGACGGUAUUCCAUCUCUAACAUUAACUAUUUCUUUAUACUUCUCGUACAAUUCGAAAUUAUAUCGCCUUCUCAAAAUAUAAUUCUCACAGAUUGCGCCAAGUAUCUUUCUUUUGAAGAGGUGCAGACAAUUUGCGUCUGUUUUGGAGAUGGUCCAUGUUUCUGACCAACUUCCAGAUCUUUAUAAGGAAAUCGAGAUAAUAAGGAAACUGUCGAAUUUAUUUAAAGCAACCCGAACAUGUUGUACAAUGUAACAAUCAUAAUUACGAAUUUCUCUAUUACGCUUAAUCAAAUGAGUUUAUUUAGAAACCUAUUUUUUUAAAUUAUAGAAACCCCAAAGAAAUACAUCGUUGGCUCGACGGUUUAAUGGGCUUGCAGACUCUUUUCAUACUGAGUAAUAUAGUGGUUAAGUGAUUCGAUACCAGACAGAAAUGUUUCAAAUGUCGCAAACUCAAACCCAAAUUGGCUCUAUAGCUUCGAAUUGUAAUAAUUGCAAGUAAAUUAAACAAUUGAAACUGGAUAAAAUUUUUAUAUAUUUUAAACAUGAAUGCGCAAAGAUUAGUAUGGUUGUGAGUUUUCAGAUAAUUCCAACCAAAUUUAACAAAGAAAAUAAAAUUGAUAUGGGGGUAAGAAAAGAAAUAGCAUAGUGAGAUAAAACAGCUGAUUAAGGCAAUGACUUCUCGGUAUCAAUUCUCAUGUUUUUACCGAUCCAAUAUGAAUGCUGUUGGCACAAAUUGCGACACGACACUUUGUUAUGCAUAUCAACCGAUAAAGAUUUCUCGGCCACAUACGGAAAUACCAAGUGUGUAAGGUGUUGAUUUUCCUAGCUGACAAUUACUAUAAAAAUAGUACCAUGUUCGACUAUUGUAAAUCAGGUUUGUACAUAGAUCACAUAAACUGGAAAUCGAGUGUACAAGAGAAAAAAAAGCAUGAAGUUUACAAUAUUACAUCGUUUUUUGACAUUUUGUCAAGUCAAUACAAUAUUCCUCAACAAAGUUUUUGCAAACUCACACAUCUACGCACUUGUCCAAUUUUAUUUGUGUUUUUAUUCUACUUUUUGUGUCAAUAAAAACAACCCGAAUAAUGACAGGUUUACUGUGUGUAUAACAAUAGUAAAUAUGAAAAUAUUUAAUACCAGUGCAUAAUAAAAAAUACUUUUAUAAAUGUCAAACAUAUUUAAAUAUUAGAUAAGUAAAAAUGUUUUGUUAAAAAUAAAAUGUAUGUAUAUAUGUGUU